AUGAAAUCCGGUACUACGCCGGCGAAUGGAGCAGAGGCGUCUGUCGAAGGGCUAUUGGUACUGGUGAUCGAUACUAACCCUACGCACUGGUUCGCACAGGGAAAUGAAGCAGACGACCGUGGUAAUUUUCAGCAGCUAAUCUCCAGCACCCUAGUGUUUGUAAACUCGUAUCUGCUUCUCCACCGCAGCAAUCGCAUCGUGAUCAUCGCCGCCCAUGCCGGUAAAAGCGCCAUGUUGUAUCCAAAUCCAGCGCACGACGAUACUUCUGGAAGUGCGGAGCAGGCUGCCAAGGUUAAUGCAGUUGUCAUGCAGCGUUUGCAGGAGCUGAGUGACACUCCGAUGGACUGUGCCAAGCCCAACCGAACGGCUAUUGCUGCGUCACUAUCACGGGCCCUAUGCUUCAUUAAUCGUGCUAUGAAUGAGGAGCCGGAUCUACGACCACGUAUCUUGGUCGUUCAAAAGUCCCCUGAUGUGUCGGAGCACUACAUUGCUAUCAUGAAUGGUAUCUUCUCGGCCCAGAAGAAGAACGUUGCAGUGGACGCAUGUAUUCUCGCGUCGGAGCAGUCCUCGUUCAUGCAGCAGGCUGCGUAUCUGACGGGUGGUAUCUACUACAAACCCAACGACCACAGUGGCUUGCUACAGUAUCUGAUCUCAAUCUACUUGCCCGAUCCGUCCAUGCGUAAAUUGCUGAAGCUUCCAUCGCAAGACUCCGUUGAUUUUCGUGCAAUGUGUUUUUGCCAUCGAGAAGUGAUUUCAACAGCGUUUGUCUGCCCAGUGUGUCUGUCAUUAUUUUGCAAAUUCCGACCCAUUUGCUCGACUUGUGGCAUCCGAAGUCACAUCGAGCCGAUGGGGACGAAAAAAGGCAAAAAACACUCGCGUAUGGAAUAA